UUUGAUUCCAAUGCCAUGUGUUUUCUUCAAACUAUCUUGUGUUUAUGUGCUUUACUGUUUAUCAUGAAGGCUGGAGAAAAGCGGAAAGAAGAAGAAAUGAUAGAACUUGAAGGUCCCUUAGGUAAGAGUGAUGCUAUUAACCGCGAAUUGGUUUCUCUAGAGAGGGAGCUAUCAACUCUUUAUAAGAAUAACAUGAUAGAUCCUUUUGGGUUGUACUUGUAUGGUCUUGUACUUAAAGAAAAAGGCAAUGAAAAUCUAGCCCGCAAAAUUCUCGUGGAAUCUGUAAACAGUUACCCUUGGAAUUGGAAUGCCUGGUCAGAGUUGCAAUCCUUAUGCACUACAGUCGACAUCAUGAACAGCCUCAAUCUCAGUAAUCACUGGAUGAAGGAGUUUUUUCUUGCUAGUGUUUACCAAGAGCUCAGAAUGCAUAAUGAGUCGUUAUCAAAAUAUGAAAAUCUACAGGGCACGUUUACAUUUAGUAAUUACAUACAGGCUCAAAUUGCAAAAGCCCAGUAUAGUCUAAGGGAAUUUGAUCAAGUUGAAGUGAUAUUUGAAGACCUCUUAAGGAAUGACCCAUAUCGAGUAGAGGACAUGGACGCAUAUUCUAAUGUGCUCUACACAAAGGAGUAUUUCUCUGCCUUGAGCUACCUUGCUCACAGGGUCAUUAUGACCGAUAAAUAUCGUCCCGAGUCUUGCUGCAUAAUUGGAAAUUACUACAGUUUAAAAGGGCAGCACGAGAAGUCAGUCAUGUAUUUUAGGAGGGCGCUCAAAUUGAACAGAAAAUAUUUAUCUGCUUGGACUCUAAUGGGCCAUGAGUAUGUCGAGAUGAAAAACACUCCUGCUGCAGUUGAUGCCUAUAGACGGGCUGUGGACAUAAAUCCUCGGGAUUAUCGAGCCUGGUAUGGGUUGGGACAAGCAUAUGAGAUGAUGGGCAUGCCCCAUUAUGCUUUGCAUUAUUUCCAGAAAUCUGUUUUCUUUCAGCCAAUUGAUUCUCGGUUAUGGAUUGCCAUGGCUCAAUGCUAUGAAUCUGAACAGCUGCACAUGCUUGAGGAGGCCAUCAAAUGUUACAAAAGGGCUGCGAACUGUAAUGACACAGAAGCAAUUGCCCUGCAUCGAUUAGCAGAGUUAUAUAGAAAACUUGGUCACCCUGAGGAGGCAGCAUUCUAUUACAAGAAGGAUUUAGAAAGAAUGGAGGCUGAAGAGAGAGAAGGACCGAACACAGUUGAAGCACUGACGUUUCUUGCCACACACUACAAAACACAGAAGAGAUUUGAAGAAGCGGAAGUGUAUUGUACCCGACUUUUGGAUUAUACUGGCCCGGAGAGAGAAACAGCAAAGAGUUUACUUCGAGGAAUGAGAAUAGCACAAUCCGGUUUUCCUUCCAUGGAUGUCGAGCAUUUUCAUCCAUGAUUUUUCUCAUUCAUACCUUUGGAUUUUGGGAAACCAAAGAGUCCAAUGAAACCUUGGGGAUUUUCCAAUUCUAGUUGGUUCAUUCUUGGUUUGUAGCAGUUGAAAUGGCCUGAUUACAUGUUUGUAUUACUCGGAAAAGAAUCAGCUUAUACUUUUUUAUUUGUGUUGUGACAUAACAACUUGAAACAUCAAACAUGUAGUUACUAGUUAGAAGCCUGUAUAAACUUAGUAGAUUACAAAUGUAAUCAGGCUAUUGAAGUCACCUCGUUGGAUUUUUUUGAACUAGUGGAGUCAGUUUCAUGCAAAGGCAACCUGGGAACUUGAACAUGCUGCAUCUAACUUGCAUUUGCUCUGAUCUUUACAUUUUAAGAUGAUAUUUUGAGAACAUAUCGGUAGGGUUUUCUUUUUCAGAGGAAUGAUGCAUUUGUUG